AUGGCGCCACCAAGAAGGAGGCUGCUGGCUACAGCUGAAGAGACUCUCAUACCACCAUCUGCUCUGCCAGAAGGCCAUCGAAUCGCCAGAGUUAUCCGCGCGACCGGAAAUAACCUUUAUUCCGUGGAACUGCCGUCCAAGAAGUCGAUGUUGGUGGAGUUGCCCGCUCGGUUUCGCUCAACUAUAUGGAUGAAACGGGGAUCCUUUGUCGUCGUUGAUACGAAUGCACUUGAAGAGAGGGAUAACAAACUCUCUGGGCAAAUAGUAAACAUUGUGAGAGACGAAAAGGCAUGGCGCAAAGCGGAUUUUUGGCCGAAAGAGUUUGUGAGACAACCCAUACCGGAUAGCGAUGACGAAGACUCCAAUGUGGGCAAAAUGCCGCCAUCGGACGCCUCGGAUGAAGAGUGA